AGUCCAGAAUCGUAACCAUGCCUGAGCCACCAAAGGUUCCAGUACCCAAGAAGGGCUCCAAGAAGGCGGUCACCAAGACCCCCAGCAAGACCGGCAAGAAGAGGAGGAAGUCCAGGAAGGAGAGCUACGCCAUCUACGUGUACAAAGUGAUGAAGCAGGUGCACCCCGACACCGGCAUCUCCUCCAAGGCCAUGGGCAUCAUGAACUGCUUCGUGAGCGACAUCUUUGAGCGCAUCGCCGGGGAGGCCUCCCGUCUGGCUCACUACAACAAGCGCUCCACCAUCACCUCCAGGGAGAUCCAGACCGCCGUCCGCCUGCUGCUGCCCGGAGAGCUGGCCAAGCACGCCGUGUCUGAGGGCACCAAGGCCGUGACCAAGUACACGAGCUCCAAGUAACCUGUUGCCGCUGCUGCUACAAACCAACGGCUCUUUUAAGAGCCACCCACUUCCUCUACUGCUGCUUUCCUCUUUCAAAGUGUCCCGAUAUACAUCAACAUAGUUGCCUUUUUAAUAUAACUAAAAUAAUACAUGGUACAAGUUAACACCAUUUAUUUAUGAAAAGCUGUCUUUUAAAUAAUGUAUUGGUGGCAAUGACAUUAAACUGCUAUACUCACUUG